AUGCCGUCCGAAGUCCCGCUGCGAUGGCCACGUAAGAGGGAGGAUAUUCGGUUCAUAAGUAUAAAUACAAACCCAUCCGAAGAUGAAAAGUUCAUCAUCGGCGACGGUAUCCUUCUCUCACUGCGUCAGAGUCUCAUGUUCUCCUUGCUCUUGGGUGUCCUGUACGCCCUAGCGCCUACAGUCUGGGGAGAGGUUUCUCAGCGUGCCACGCUAGGAAACAAGCUCACUUCCAAUGGCACAGGAACACCUUAUUCGAUGAAUGUCACAGAUUGUCCAGGAUACGCUCUAGGGUCGCUUCAAGAGUCUGACAUUGGUCUCACUGCUCAGCUCACGCUCGCUGGACCAGCAUGUAAUGCUUUUGGACAAGAUAUCUCAGACCUCACCAUUGAGGUCACUUACCAGUCACAGUCCACUUUGCACGUCAAGAUUUAUGACACCGCCAACCAACAGUUCACAAUCCCCGAGUCGGUGAUCGAACGACCUGCCGCGCCAACGACAUCAUACACGGGCAGUUCUGACCUGAUAUUCAACUACGAUGCAAUGCCUUUCGCAUUUUGGAUCACGAGACGGUCUGACCCGGACGCAAUGCCAUUGUUCGACACGAGAACUUCAUCGCUGCCACCGACUCCUAUUCCACCUUUCAAUGCAUCUGACUCAAGUACGGCAUUUGAUGGGUUCCCUCUUGUAUUCGAAGAUCAAUAUCUCCAGGUUGCUUCCGCUCUGCCGUAUGGCACCAACAUUUACGGAUUGGGUGAGGUAAUUGCUAGCAGUGGAUUUAGACGCGACAUCGGAACAGAUGGGGGCGUAGGUACCAUUCAGACGCAUUGGGCUCGCGACGUUGCAGAUCCCAUUGAUCAGAACAUGUAUGGCUCCCAUCCAAUCUAUGUCGAACAUAGGUAUAAUGCGACUACUGGAAAAGCAUCAUCAUCCGGUGUACUUUUACUCGGUUCUGCGGGUUCAGAUAUCUUCCUGCAGACACCCACGAACUCCAAGGUGUCAUUAGUCGAGUACCGUAUAAUUGGCGGCAUCCUGGACUUCUACUUCUUCUCUGGUCCCUCGGAUGCAGAAGUCAUUUCCCAGUACGGUUCAGUCAUCGGGUAUCCUAUGUGGCAGCCGGCGUGGGGCUUCGGGUUUCAUCUUUGCAGAUGGGGAUACCACAAUAUCAGCGAUGACAUAGAAAAUGUCGCGCAGAUGCGCGCAGCUGGCAUCCCUUUGGAAGUUCAAUGGAACGAUAUUGACUUGUACCAUGCCUACCGCGACUUUACCACUGACCCAGUGAGUUUCCCUGGGGAUGAACUUCGCACGUUCAUCCGGGAGUUGGCCGCGAAUAACCAACAUUAUAUCCCCAUCGUGGAUGUCGGCAUCGCUGUCACAGUGAAUUCAACUGACGUCUAUGAUCCUUUCACACGGGGCGUUGAAGAAGAUGUGUGGAUUAAGAAUCCAGAUGGUUCUCUGUACCUUGGUCAAGUCUGGCCUGGAUACACCGUCUACCCAGACUGGUUCAGCGAAAACAUUCUCUCUGUAUGGACUGAAGGUCUCAAAAACUGGACGGAAAUGGGUGUCGAAUUCUCCGGCAUUUGGCUCGACAUGAACGAACCAAGUUCGUUCUGUAGUGACUCCUGCGGGACCGGUGCGAACUACUCUGCCCUUGCUCCCCUGAGCGUGGCCGGCACGGUCGUCGCCGGGUACCCUGAAUGCUACAAUGAGACAAUAUGGGGACCUAGUGGGAACAUGACUAUCAAUGGCACCUCUACAAAUUCAUGCACAGCAAGCUCGACCACUCCAGCCGUGGUGGGAAGACGGGGCGUCGGAGCUGGUGGCGAGCAAGGAGUCAAUCUCAACAGCCCGCCAUAUGCUAUCCAUAACGGCAAGUCUCCUAUCGGAUCCCUUAACCGCAACACCCUGGCCACGAACGCGACGCACUACGGCGGAUAUGCGGAGCUCGACGUGCACAACAUGUUUGGAUUUAUGGAGGAAAAAACGACGCACCUUGCGAUUCAAUCUAUCAUCCCCGGAAAGCGUCCGUUCUUGAUCAGCAGAUCGACCUUCCCUUCUGCUGGAAAGUGGACUGGUCAUUGGCUUGGUGACAACUUCAGCAAGUGGCAGUAUCUGUACCUCAACAUUCAGGGCGUGCUACAGUUCCAGAUCUACCAGAUUCCGAUGGUUGGUGCUGACACUUGUGGAUUCAACGGCAACACCGAUGAGGAGUUGUGCAACCGUUGGAUGCAACUCUCGGCAUUCGUUCCCUUCUACAGGAACCACAACACAUAUGCUGCCCUUCCUCAAGAGCCUUACCGAUGGGCAAGCGUAGCGAACGCGUCCCGCAUCGCUAUCGCUGCUAGGUAUGCGCUGCUGCCGUACUGGUACACGCUGUUUGCCAAUGCCUCCAUGGCUGGCCUUCCGCCUGUCAAGGCGUUGUUUUACGAGUUCCCUGACGAGCCUGAACUGUUCACCGUAGAUAGGCAAUGGCUCGUUGGAAGCGACAUUCUCGUGACUCCAGUGCUGACUCCUGGAGCUACGACCGUCGAGGGUAUCUUCCCCGGCCGCGGUAGUGUAGUUUGGCGCGACUGGUACACACACGCCGUCGUGAAUGCAACGUCUGGAGGAAACACGACGCUGGACGCUCCCAUCAGUCACAUCAACGUCCAUAUUCGCGAUAACUCUGCUUUAUUGUUGCACCAAGAGCCCGGGUACACGAUCUACGAGACUCGUGAAGGUCCCUAUUCGCUGCUCGUGUCCCUCAAUGCAGCAGGCACGGCCUUCGGCACUGCGUAUGUAGACGAUGGAAUCAGCUUCCCACCUGGACCGAGUCGGAGUCUCACUUUCCAGGCUGCUGAUGGCACACUUAAGAUUGAGAGCAAGGGUGAAUAUGCGAUUUUGCAGAAGUUGGAGACGAUCACUGUGCUCGGGGUGCAGAAACCUACCCAGGUGAAGUUCCAGGGAUCGCCGGCUGGGGGGUGGACUUAUAAGGAGGCCACUGAAGAGCUGGUGGUGUCGAAUGCGUCUGUUGACCUUAAUGGACAGCUUACCUUAACGUGGAAGUAGUUAUUAUUUAGAUGCACAACGGCAUUAAGUGGUUCAUCCUCGAUAUGUCUCACUUGG